CGAAUUAAUUAGAAAAAACAGAAUAUAAGCCAAAAAAAGUCCGAAAAAGAGAGAGAUAAAUACAGUUAACUGCUCCAGGAAUGGCAGACGCCUUUUGUUCGGACUGCAAGCGGAAUACAGAGGUUGUUUUCGAUCAUUCGGCCGGUGAUACGGUGUGUUCGGAGUGCGGGUUGAUGUUAGAAUCGCAUUCGAUCGACGAGACAUCAGAGUGGAGAACCUUCACCAAUGAGUCCGGCGAUAACGAUCCCAACCGUGUUGGCGGUCCCUCUAAUCCGCUUUUGGCUGAUGGCGGUUUAUCCACCGUUAUCGCUAAGCCCAACGACGCUUCUGGAGAGUUCCUUUCGUCAUCGUUGGGCCGCUGGCAGAAUCGUGGGUCGAAUCCAGAUCGGGGGUUGAUUCUCGCUUUUAAUACAAUUGCUACCAUGUCUGAUAGGCUGGGUCUUGUGGCUACCAUCAAGGUAUGCUACCUCUUUCACUGUAGAUAUAAUUUCAACCAUUUGGUGUUUUGGUGUAUUACUAUAGACUCUAGUGAUAUGCAAGUAUGGCAUAUAAUUGAAUACUCUAUUAUUUUAGUAUUAAUGUGUAUGUAUAUUAUUGAUAUAAUCUGGCAUUGCUUUACCCAAUAAAGGGUUGAUGUGCUAAACUAUAUCAUGUCAGCGGCAAUACUAAAUCGA